CGAUCAGUCGUUCAGACAGUCGGUCGCCGUCCACGCGUGUCUAUUAUUGUUGUUUCAACAUCGCCGCAUAGCAAUACAUUUUUUCUAACCGUCUAUACGACUCGUAUUAUGUUAUUAUUAUUAUUAUUAUUAUCAUAGACGAACGGAAUUAAAAUUGUACAUUAAGUUAUUGUUAUAAUCGUCACCGUCGUCGUACUGCGCUCGUGUCGCACAUAUAUUCUCUCUCCGCGAGUACCUACUGUUGUAAGUGUUGGCGCGCGCCCGUGUAUGUGUGUGUGUAAGUGUGUGUCCGCUCGCGUGUGCCGUCGUCGCAGUCGACCGCGUAUAUGAGUACGCUCGUCGCGUCCUGUUGUACGAGCACGUCUGUCGUGCUGCGCGCGUCGUCCGUACCGCUUGUCGCCGUCCGCGUGCGUAUCCUCCGCUUGACCUACAAUCCGCGUCCCGACAACGUACCACCGCCGCCGAGCACAUCGAUAUCUCUCGUCCGCGAUCGAUACGCGUUUCCGCCACCGUCGUAGCGAAAAAAAAAAUCUUUCACUCGGUCGAUAUCACCGGUGGACUUUCCUCGUAGAAUUUAAAUAAUAUUAUUAUCAUACAAUUGUUGUUGGUGCUCGUGCAGUGCCAAUCCAUCGUCGUCCGCACGAGGCACCCCAGACGGCGAUGACGCCCUGAAGACGUCUUCGGAGUGUCACUGUCGCCUAAAGUACGGCGCAGGACGGGCCCCGCUCGAGGUCUUUUUGAUCGUCGAUCGCAGCGACAGCGACAGCUACAACCGCAGUGGUUAGGCAACGCUUCGACAGCGACAACGCCAACAUGGUGGCGUCAGCCGACCGCCGCGAGAGUUUCGGCGUGGACAGCAGCCUGUUCCACCACCGGAAGAGCAAGACCGGUGCCAAACAGGGCAAGGACACCAGCAAGGACAAGCAGUCGUCCGACGUGGCCGUGUACACGAUAUCAGUGGUCGGUGGCUACGAGAACCAGGGCUUCAAGCGGGAUGACAUGCUACAGUCCGGCGACGGGGGCCUUGCCAAGCCGCCGCUAUGCAGCAUGGCCGACGGCGACGGCGACGAAGACCAGUCCAAGGGCAAGUUCAAGAUGUCGCCCAAAGAGAAGUGGCGGAUCCUGAAGAACGUGUCCACCAUCAGCCUGGCGUUCAUGGUCCAGUUCACCGCGUUCCAGGGCACGGCCAACCUGCAGAGUUCGAUCAACGCCCGCGAGGGCCUGGGCACCGUGUCCCUGUCCGCCAUCUAUGCGGCGCUGGUGCUCAGCUGCAUAUUCGUGCCCACGUUCCUCAUCAAGCGGCUGACCGUCAAGUGGACGCUGUGCCUGUCCAUGUUGUGCUACAUACCGUACAUCGGCGCCCAGUUCUACCCGCGGUUCUACACGCUGGUGCCAGCCGGCGUGCUCGUGGGCCUGGGCGCCGCGCCCAUGUGGGCCGCCAAGGCCACGUACCUCACGCAGACUGGGGCCGUGUACGCCAAGCUCACCGACCAGCAGGUGGACGGUAUCGUCGUCCGGUUCUUCGGAUUCUUCUUCUUGGCUUGGCAGACCGCCGAGCUUUGGGGCAACCUCAUCUCUUCGUUGGUGUUGUCUAGCGGUGCCCACGGUGGCGGCAAUGGCGAUAACAGCUCGAUGCUAUCCGAAGAGGAAUUGCGAUUGUGUGGUUCAAAUUUUUGCGUGAUGGGAAAUCACGCCAUCGACAAUCUGGAAAGGCCUCCAGACUCGGAGAUAUUUGAGAUCAGCACCAUAUAUCUCACGUGCAUCGUACUGGCCACCAUCAUAAUUGCCCUGUUUCUGGACCCACUUUCCAGAUACGGAGAGAAACAGAGGCGUGCCGAUAGCCAAGAAUUGUCCGGUAUUCAACUGUUGUCGGCCACGGCUUAUCAGCUUAAAAAACCAUACCAACAACUCCUCAUACCGAUCACCAUUUGGAUUGGGAUGGAACAAGCGUUCAUCGGAGCUGAUUUCACGCAGGCGUACGUGUCCUGCGCCCUGGGCAUUCCAUCUGUCGGGUACGUGAUGAUAUGCUUUGGCGUGGUCAAUGCGAUAUGCUCGCUACUGUUCGGCACCAUAAUGAAAUACAUCGGACGACUGCCGCUGAUGGUGCUGGGUUUCGUCGUCCACUCGAUACUCAUAUGGAUCCUGAUUGUAUGGCGACCCCAUCCCAACAAUCCCAAAUUGUUCUUCACUAUAUCGGGACUAUGGGGCGUCGGCGACGCAGUCUGGCAGACUCAAAUGAGUG